AUGGCGAGCGUGGUGGUGAAGACAAUCUGGCAGUCCAAAGAGAUCCAUGAGGCUGGGGACCCCCCUGCGGGGGUCGAGAGCCGCUCCCAGGUGGUCCCUGAGGCUCCUGGGGGGGUAACCACCCCGGCCAAGGGGAUCACGAAGAAAAAGAAGGCCGUGUCGUUCCACGGGGUGGAGCCUCGGAUGUCCCACGAGCCAAUGCACUGGUGCCUGAACCUCAAACGGUCCUCGGCCUGCACCAAUGUGUCACUGCUCAACCUGGCUGCCAUGGAGCCCACGGACUCCUCGGGGACAGACUCAACCACGGAUGACAGUGGCCCGCUUGCGCUGCCGGUGCCACCUGCCUCUCCCACCCAACCCUGGGCUUCAGAUGACCCAGACAUCACGGAAAUACUGAGUGGGGUCAACAGCGGAUUGGUCCGUGCCAAAGACUCCAUCACCAGCUUGAAGGAAAAGACCACCAGGGUCAACCAGCAUGUGCAGACGCUGCAGAGUGAGUGUUCUGUGCUGAGUGAGAAUCUAGAAAGAAGGCGGCAAGAAGCCGAAGAACUGGAAGGGUACUGUAGUCAACUCAAGGAGAACUGCCGGAAGGUGACCCGGUCGGUGGAAGAUGCUGAAAUAAAAACCAACGUCCUGAAGCAAAACUCUGCCCUGCUGGAGGAGAAGCUGCGCUUCCUCCAGCAGCAACUGCAGGAUGAGACCCCGCGGAGGCAGGAGGCCGAGCUGCAGAAGCUGGAGCAGAAGCUGGACGCCGGCCUCUCUCGGCACGGCCUGGGCCCCGUCGCCCCGUCCCCUGGCUGCUCUGGCCCCCCAGGGAGCCCCGACGAACCCCCACGACCGCGUAGCAUGGCCCCAGGCGGCUGGGGUAUGGGGCCCCGGGCAGGGGAGGGCCCCAUCAUAAGCGAGCAGGAGCUGCAGAAGGUUUCUGCCGGCCUUGAGGAGCUGAGGAGGGAGGUGUCCUCGCUGACUGCCCGCUGGCAUCAGGAGGAGGGGGCGGUGCAGGAGGCCCUGCGGCUGCUUGGAGGCCUGGGCGGCAGGCUCGACGGCUUCCUGGGCCAGUGGGAACGAGCGCAGCGUGAGCAGGCGCAGGCUGCGCGGGGCCUGCAGGAGCUGCGAGGCAGGGCGGACGAACUGUGCACCAUGGUGGAGCGAUCAGCAGUGUCUGUGGCCUCACUGAGGAGCGACCUGGAGGGGCUGGGUCCAGUGAAACCUAUUCUGGAGGAGCUGGGGCGGCAAUUUCAGAGCUCUCGAAGAGGGUCUGACCUCUCCAUGAACCUGGAUCGGCCGACCCAAGGCUCCUGUGCCCGCUGUGCCAGCCAGGGGUCGCAGCUGUCGUCAGAAUCCCUGCAGCAGCUGCUGGAGCGAGCACUGACCCCACUAGUGGAUGAGGUGAAGCAGAGGGGCCUGGCUCCCGCCUGCCCCAGCUGCCAGAGGCUACACAAGAAGAUUCUGGAGCUGGAGCGCCAGGCCUUGGCCAAACACGUCAGGGCAGAGGCCCUGAGCUCCACCCUUCGGCUGGCCCAAGACGAAGCCUUGCGGGCCAAGAACCUGCUGCUGACGGACAAGAUGAAGCCGGAGGAGAAGGUGGCCACUCUAGACUAUCUACACUUGAAGAUGUGCUCCCUCCACGAUCAACUCAGCAACCUGCCACUUGAGGGGUCCACAGGGACAAUGGGGGGAGGAAGUGGGGGGACAACCCCCCCAAAACGUGGGGGCCCAACCCCAGAACAAUAA